AACAAUCACAGUCACCAUGGCGGUCAUAUCAUGGGGGACGAUCAAGUCCCUCCUCAUUUUCUUCGGGCCCAUGCUCGUUCCCAAGGCCAUCACCUGGUACCGCUCCAUAAAGAACCGCCCACGGGAACGGAACAAGCCCAUCGUCCCCCUGCCAAACCGAGCCCUCGUCGCCAUCCUCGUCCUCGCCGCCGCAGCCGUCCUCUUCCUGCUCUGCCUCUCUCCCUUGACGUCGCCCGAGAACAUCUUCGUCGUCACCCGCUCCAAUCCCACCGUCUCCAGCGGCCUGCUCAUGUCCCAGCUCUCCAUGAAGCGGCCCCUGACCGCGAGGGACGAGGUCCUCCGCACCCGCCUCGAGAGCAAGGCGGGCAAGCUGCUCUACUACAAGUACGGCCCAGACGUGCUGGCCGACUGCCCCUUCUGCAACUCCCAGGACCCGACGACAUAUCUCCUCUACGCCGCGCCGUCCGUCGUCACGCCACACCUGCUGAACGCUGCCCUGGUCGGUCUUGCCACGAGCGAGCUGCUGCUCAAGGGCAGGGCGGCCAGCCAGUGGCGCCGCCUCGCAACGUACGCCGUCGUGGUGCUGGCCGCCGUCGACGCAGGCCUCCUCGUGCAGUGGGACCACGUCGACGGCAAUGAGAGGGCCCGCAUGCUGCGCGAGGUGGUCUUCUUUUACUGGCGCGCGCGCGUGGUCCGGUAUGCCGCCCUCGCGUGCCUGGACCUGGCCCUCGCGGCUGUGCUGUAUCUCAGCGCGACCAACAGGCUGUUCGUGCCCGACAUGACCGUCGCGGAGCGGAUCGACAUCAUGAGGGAUGCGGUGGGCGCGGCCACCAUGAGAAUCCGGUCCGCCAACGUGCUGAAGAACACCGUGGCCCGGGAUGCGGAGCUCAGGGCUGCGGAUGCGGGCUACUGGGCGCACGAGGGCGUAUUGAUGCAGGAGGCCAUGGAGAGCCAGGAGGUCGUGGACAGCAUGCGUGAUGCGGUGGAGAACAGACGGAUCGACCUCCAGACCAUGGAACAAGUAGCAGAAUCAUUCGCCCAACGAAUGAUGGGAGGUACUGAAAUGGCCAGCUAAGUAGGGCUCACAAAGAGAUAACCUCCCCAAUUUCAAUACAUAGACUGGCAAUUGGAACGGGGGAAAUAAGUCGC